CUUAUAGAACCAUCCCCGUCCUUUGUUUACAUCUUCCAUCUCCGCCUCCCUGAGGACCAAAAUAAGAUGCUCAGAGAUCAAUUUGUUUGUUUAUCAGCGCUCUGCUGAGCACUGAAGCACCAUCACAGCCAACAACAACGAGGACUGAAGAAAGAGGAAAACAGGCUCGCGCAAACGGCGGCAGCCAAUCAGCGGGCUGGUUUCUCUUCAGCAUCUCGGAGGGACUGAACCAUCGAGAGCAAACAGACCAGAGCACAAGCAGCAGUGAGGAAAACCAUUUCUCGGCACCACGACGCGCAAUUAUGGUUUUGUGAACCUGACUGAGAGUUGGAGGAUUUCGACACCAGAAUCCACAUCCCAAAGAUAAUGGCUUUAUGCUGUGUCCAUCUUGGAACUUUUGUACCAAUUUGAGGGUCAACUGUACUUAGCGAGGUCACAGUUGUGAUUGUUGGCCACCAGGUCGUGGAAACAAAACCUGACUCUUCACACUGUGUCGCUGGGGCACAAAGAGAAAACUGAAGUCAGCUAAUUCAAGCACUGCACAGAAGGAACCAAACUCCUGCACAAGCAUGGCAGACCAAAAAGACAACAUUGAUGACUUUAAAGUCCAGACGGCCAAACACCCCAACAUGGGCUCAGUCCCAAUGCGGCCACAUAGUGAACAGUCCAGAGACCGUACAUCCAAAAGGCUCUCAACUGAGUCUAAUGGGACCAGUGAAGGAGGCGUGGGCUCGUCCACGCCGGUGGAGUUGACUGCUUUGGAAGAGUCAUUCCGUCGCUUCGCCAUCCAUGGUGACACACGCGCUACAGGCAAGGAGAUGCACGGCAAGAACUGGUCCAAAAUCUGCAAAGACUGUUGCGUGAUCGACGGCAAGAACAUCACUCUCACUGACGUGGACAUCGUCUUCAGCAAAGUCAAGAAGAAAUCCAGUCGCAAUAUCACAUUUGAUGAGUUCAAGGUUGCCCUUGGAGAGCUGGCCAGGAAGAAAUACAAAGAAAAGACAGGUGAGGAAGCGGAGGCAGAGGUCUUCAAGCUGAUUGAAGGGAAGGCGCCUGUCAUUGCUGGAGUCACGAGAGCCGUGGCUUCCCCAACUGUGAGCCGUCUCACGGACGCCACCAAGUUUACAGGGUCGCACAAGGAGCGUUUUGACCCCACUACAGGGCGGGGGAAGGGUAAGGCCGGACGAGAAGACAUAGUCGACACCUCAGGAUACGUCUCGGGAUACAAACAUCGAGGGUCAUACGAAAAAAAAGUGAAUAAACCCACAGAGGGCAAACCAAUGUGAGGGCAAAGGAUGAGGAAUAAACAUUUGAUCAACUUAAUUUUCUAUUAAAAGAGUCCUCAAAGAAAGCACAAAAGAA